AAAGGUAUGCUCAAGAUUUUGGCUGCCUGCCCUGGUGGUCCAUUAGCGCUGACUGCCGAAUGGGUGCUGCAUCAUCAGUUUCAGCAAACACCAUGUGCCUCCCAGUGUCAUAUAAAUAUAAACUGUGAAAAAUAUCACCUAUGCAGAUAUAUCCUUGCAGAGACCAACACGAGCUCCAUCCUAUCUACCACCAAUGUGAGUGAGCAAGACAGUUAG